CCCAAACAGGAAGCAGUUAGCCAGAAGGUUAUCUCACAGACGCGAGAGCAAAUAACGUUACAUUUCGCCCGUGAUAAUUGGCGAUUGUUUUUUAUUUUGGCAACAGUUCAGUGAGGUAUAUCUCCACUUAAGAAGAAAAUACAGUCUUGGAGAAUCCCAUCAAAAAUUAGCUAACUAAUGUAAAAUUAAAAAAAAAAAAGAAUAAUAAUAAAAAGCAAGUUGCCCCUGAAGAGCUAACAACGUUAGCCAUUUUCUUUGUUAAUUGGCUGGCUAGCGAGCUGAAACGUGUACCGAGCUACAUGUCAAUUUCCUCUUUGUUCGCAAGCCUGCUAACUGACUAUUGAUGUAACUAGGUAACAAGCGAACGAACGUCAACGACCAAUGAGUUACGAGGUGAUUGUGCAGGUCAGGCGUACACAGUAUAUCGUUUUUUCUGACCGGGGUCGUAUGAACAUCCCUGGUCUGUGUGCUGCAAGGAGCAGCUGUUGAGGAGUUCCCGGAUAAAUCCUCAUUAUCACGUCCAUCUGUGGAACUAAUUGUCUCUAUUUUCCACUUGAGACAAGUCUGAUUGAAGAACAAGAACAUCUAUAGACACACCCGUGUUCUUCUCCAGGCGGUUGUCAUGCACCUGUAAUCCGCUUCCUGUCAGCCAGACAGCCGGGCCCAGCCACCCAGACCCAGCCACAGCGCUCCGGUCCAGUGGGUCCCCAUGGAGCCCAGUAAUGACGUAGCGUUGGAUAUCAUUAUCACCAACGUGGUGGCUGUAUUCAGGACACGCUGCCACCUCAACCUGCGCACCAUCGCUCUGGAGGGGGUCAACGUAAUCUAUAAACCUGAAUAUGGGAAAGUCCUGAUGAAACUCCGCAAACCCAGGAUCACCGCUUCCAUCUGGUCUUCAGGGAAAAUCAUCUGUACGGGCGCUACCAGCGAGGAUGAGGCUAAGCAGGGAGCCCGGAGGUUAGCCCGCACCCUGCAGAAACUGGGCUUCAAGGUGAGGUUCUCAGAGUUCAAGGUGGUGAAUGUCCUGGCAGUGUGCUCCAUGCCCUUCGCCAUCCGACUCAUCGACUUCACCAUGAACAACCGGCCCAUCGCCAGCUAUGAGCCAGAGCUCCACCCCGCUGCCACCUACAGGAUCAAAACCCUCAAGGCCACCGUCCAGGUCUUCUCUACUGGCAGCCUUACCAUCACAGGACCAAAUGUGCAGGCUGUAGCCACGGCUGUAGAGCACAUCUACCCCAUGCUGUUAGAGUGUCAGAAACCCCUCCGCAAAUAACACACACGGAAAAACAGCAACGGACUGGAGAGAGAGAAAGACAGAGGCUAAAAAGCACCUCACCCAUUGGAUGCAUUGUAUUAUCCUCAACUUGUCUGCCCCGGCAACAGUCUGGGCCUUCGUCCUGAUUGGCUGGAUUUGUCCAGGAAGUCAGAAAGGCAGCUUCCGUCCUCCUACUGUCCAAUGACCUGUUGUCUUGGUGACAGCUACGCCCUCUGAACUUUGACCCUGGAUGACCUCUACAGGAUGACCUCUACAGUAUGACCUCUAACCUUUCACCUUUAGCAGCCAGCCAGCCAAUGAUGGCUGCUCCAGUGACUGAUUCACACUAGAAGGGGCGGGACUCUCCA